ACAUCGAAGGCAGUGACUGACGAGCGUAGUGGUCGCCACAUCAACUGCUGUCCCACGGCCGUAGUUGACCCAAAUUUUGUUCUCUACUUGCACAUUCUCAACAAACGGGUAAAGAUAUCACCAAGUGUGCCUACAUCUACUCCCGAGGCCCAGGCCAUGGGAACGCAGGACGAAUUUUCGGCGGCAAUUGCCGAGGAUCUCGCCCAGUGGGCGUCUCAUCUCUUCCCGGAUCUUGCCGGCGAUCUGAAAGGCGACAAUUUCUUUGACAAAAUAUCCGGCGGCAUACUGCUGUGCCACAUCCUCUUUGAGACGGAGGACUUGGUAUCAAGGAAGAAUCUGCGCAGCGUGAUUGUCUGCCUGUUGGAAGUGGCGAAAUUCGGGAUAGACGUGCUGGAGAUAGUGCACCUUGAGAAGCAAAUCGAUGCAGAACUGGCUGCCGAGCGUCGUGGUGUGUCCAAACGGGAAGAGGAGGCCAAGCCCUCAAGCCUAAAGAUAACAGUUGGGUUGUGGACAUGUCUUCUUUGGACGAAGUCCUACCUAAAUGACCUAAUCAGAAUGGGAAGCUUGACAAAACCUAUGGCUUUUGAGAUCCGACCAGAAAGGUACUUACGGCUCCUUCGGGGCCACAUUAUGGUGCGAGUUGACGGCGGCUGGGACACACUCAAUCAUUUCUUACAGGAGCACGAUGAGGGCAGAAAAGUUUACGAUGCGAAUACGAAAAAUGCUGAUUGGACGGAGGGUCCCUUGCAACGGGAACCGCCGAAAGACUUCAAGCCGCAGGCGCUAGAUCCGGAACCGGUAGAUCUCAAGCCAACACCCUACGCCUAUGUGGCUGAAUUGGACAAGAACCGUGCAAUCCUUCCUGGUGAAGACACAUAUGAUGUGAGAAUCCAUUGUUACUCUAAAAUGGACGACACUCAGCCAAAAUGUCCCUCCCGCAAUGCACGCUCUUCUAGUUCAAAUGGCACCAUCCUCGUCCUUGCCGUUGGGCUGUAG